AUGGCGACCCUGCCGGUAGGGGAGGACAAAUGGGUGGACUACGUCGCUGAGAACAGGAGACACGCCAACGACCUGGAAAAGCGCGUUCACGUAAUCGAAUUGUUCAAGCUCGCCAUCGAGGCAGAGCCCAACAGCGUCAGGGUUUGGCGCGCAUACUGCGAAUACUUUUGGUCCCUGUACGUUGACAGUCAGACCCCCGAAUCCGGAUGGACCGACGAGGAACGCCUUAUGGGCCGCGAGCUCUUCUCUCUCAACGCCGCCCUCAGCCUUUGGCAGCAAGGUUACGAAUCCAUCCAGUAUCGCAUCAACGACAGCCAUGAACUGUGGAAUCAAUGGAUCUCUCUUGAACGCGCCAUGCUUGCCGGCACACGCACCGCCGAGGGCAUCCGGCGCAUUACCUUCCUCUAUACCGAUCGCCUCCAAGUUCCUCACGUUACCCGCGACGAUACUGCGCAAGCCUUUUCCGAGUUCCUUUCCACCUAUAACAAAGCUGCCUGGGAGGAGACCAUGCAAGCUGUUACCGCCAAGUCACAGGAGGCCAAGAAGCUCACCGAGGAUCGCGACAUGUUCGAGCUGAAGCUCAGACAGGCUCGCCAAGAGGGAAAGGAAGACGUUUACCGCGCUCUGAUGAAAGAAUAUCUGGAAUGGGAAUGUAAUCAGAGCAAGAGAAGCAACAAACACGCCGAGGCUACUGGUGACCUUUGCAGAGGCCUCUACGCAAGAGCUUUGACAGGGGUUUUCGCUUUUGACGACACCAUCUGGAACGAGUACGUUCGAUUUCUCUCCACAUCUGGCACUUACGCUCAGUCGCCUCAGGGCAUGGUUGACGUCUUACGGCGAGCCGUGGACCAUUGCCCUUGGUCUGGUACCAUCUGGUCCCGGUACAUUUUGACUGCAGAAGAUGCCAGACUGCCUUUCAACGAGAUCGAACAAAUCAAGCACAAGGCCACCAGCAAUCCCGAGCUCUAUAAGAACGGCAUGGCCGCUCUCCUUGACAUGUAUGCUGCGUGGUGUGGUUUCCUCAAACGAAAAGCCAUGGAUCUCAACGCAACCGACGAGGACGUUGAUGUAGCCGACAUGGGCUUGCGUGCCGCCCUCGAAUUCGUCGAUCAAGCCAAGAACCGAUAUGGCGAUAGCUACAGAGGCGAUCCCAACUUCCGUUUGGAGCGGAUUUACAUCCAAUAUCUGACUGAGAAGAAGCGCAAUUUGGAUGAGGCGAGAGGUCUCUGGCACAAGCUGGCUGAAAAGCAGCUGUACGCUGAUAGCUACGACUUCUGGUUGAACUACUACCUCUGGGAAAUGAUGGUAUUUGCUUCCAGUGGCAAGGAUCGCAGCCCGACCCCUUCGACGGCUGCGAUAGGUCUGCGAGUGCCAUCUGUGGCUACGGCGGUGCUCGGCAGGGCAAUAAAGAGAAAGACUCUGGACUGGCCCGAAAGAGUCAUUGACGUGUAUGUGCAGCAUUGCAACGACUACGAGCUGCCUAGCACGGUACGCAACGCUAUCGAUACCGUUUACGAAACGCGCAAGGAGGUUGCGAAGCGGAGAGAGAGAGAGGCCGCGCAAGCGGCGGAAUACUAUGCGGCCGCCCAGGCGCAGGAACAACAGGCUGCUCACGCAGCCCAAUCGGCAGAUGACGAUUCGUCCUCUAGCUCCAAGAGAAAGCGAGACGACGAGACUGAGACAGUCGACGCGACGGCGAACAAGAGACCCAAGAACGAUGCCGCCGAGGCAGAGGCUACGGCGCUGAAGCAGCAGCAGAGCCUGAAGAGAGAUCGGGAGAACACGUCGGUCCUGGUUAGCAGACUUCCAAGUGAAACCACAAAAACCAAAAUACGGCAGUAUUUCAAAGAGUAUGGCCACAUCGUCGAAGUUACGGAUCCCGCUAUUGACCCUCAAGACAACACCCAGACCGUCAUGGUAGAGUUCAGGACACCGGAGGAGGCGCAAUCGGCACUUCUCAGAGACGGGAAGUACUUUGGCACAGCCCAGAUCAGCGUCGAGCCUGGCACUGAUUUGACGCUGUAUGUCACGAACUACCCCCCUACCGCGGACAAAACGUAUCUCAGCAAGCUCUUCCAGGACUGCGGCGAAGUCUUAAGCAUCAGAAUGCCCAGCCUAAAAGGCAACGUCCGCCGAAGAUUCUGUUAUGUGACGUUUCGCGACCGAGCCGCCUCUGCCAAAGCUUCUGAAAUGAAUGGCAUUCUUCUCGAUGGCAGGUUCAAAUUGGUGGCGAUGUACUCUGAUCCCUCGCGGGCAAAGAAGCGUGAAGGCGCUGUUGAAGAGGGUCGUGAGCUCCACAUCACUGGCCUUGACCCGGCAGCAAUCGAGGAGGACAUUGAAAAAGUGUUUUCCAAGUAUGGUACUGUCAAGCGCACCAACAUCCCGAGGAACAAGGGUGGCAAGGCCCACGGAGUGGCUUACGUCGAGAUGGAGACCAAGGCGCAGGCUGAGGCUGCUGCGUCCGAGUUGGACAAAGCCAAGCUACGCAACAGCAUCAUGUCCGUGCAAAUUUCGACACCCAGCAACUUCAAGAGGACGGCAAUUGCCUCAAAAGAGGACGCAUCCCCCGCACCAAGCCGGGACAACGAAGGGGACGAGACUAUGACGGACAGCAACGGCGACUCACGUCAAGUUGGCCCCAACCGAGCUGAGAUUGCCUCGCGGACGAUUGCCCUCCUCGACAUCCCCGACACGGUCAAUGACGCACGUAUCAAGGAAAUUGUUGAGCAAAAAGUUGGGGGCUUCAAAAGUCUCGUUUUACAGCCCAGCCACGGCGGUGCCAAGAUCGAGUUCGAGGACGCGGCCAGCGCGGGCCGCGCUGCCCUUCAACUUGACGGUUACAUCCUGGAUGGCCGUAGAUUGCGAACGGGAACCGUCGAAGAGUUGAAGCAAUCCAAAGGGGAGAUUCGCACUGACAAGAUCGUUUAUGGUACAGGGGGGAAGAAGCAGAGCGACAAGCCCUCCACCUCUAAAACCACCGGAGCGACCUUGAUUCCGCCGUCCACGACUGUCAGGCGUCCGGUUCUGGGCAGGGGUGGUGCCAAACGAGGAUUGGGAUUUCUUCCGAAAGCGGUGGCUGUGGGAGGCGCAGGUGGGAAUGGAAAGCCGCAGCAGCAGUCUGAUACCAAGGUGAACGGUGCUAGUGUUGGAGAGGGGGAGACACGGAAACCGAUGAAGAGCAACGCCGACUUCAAGGCAAUGAUACUGGGAUCUAAUGCGACCAAAGAAGAUGGUGAGGGGAGGAACGGUAACGGGCAGGCUGGGGAAGGCCAGCACUAA